AUGGGCAAAGACCACAUUAGAGCAGUAUCACCUACCGGAUUGUUCAGAGCAGCGUUGAAUAAUGAAUAAUGCAAGCGAGGUGUUUUGGGAGUUUUCGCAAUUGAUAGCACUAACGAAUCUAACCUAUUACAAUGAAUCUGAUGGAGCUGGUUCGGUGACGCUCGAUGUAAACUGUUGCUCAACUGUACCAGAUUUUACAAACUACUUGGAGUCGCUACCGAACGACAAAGCCGGUCUGCUGGCAUUCUUGUUUCUAUUUUCAUUUGCUACCGUGUUCGGUAACUCACUUGUAAUACUAGCAGUAAUACGUGAACGGUAUCUCCAUACAGCGACCAACUACUUCGUAACCAGUCUAGCAGUGGCCGACUGUCUGGUUGGUUUAGUAGUGAUGCCCUUUUCUGCGCUGUACGAGGUACUAGAGAACACAUGGUUCUUCGGAACAGACUGGUGUGACAUUUGGCGGUCACUGGACGUGCUGUUCAGUACUGCCUCCAUUCUAAACUUAUGUGUCAUUUCGCUCGAUCGAUACUGGGCAAUCACAGAUCCGUUUUCCUACCCGAUGAAAAUGACGCGCCGAAAAGCGGUAGCUCUAAUAGCUGCUGUAUGGAUUUGCUCAAGUGCGAUCAGCUUCCCAGCGAUACUAUGGUGGCGAGCAGUUCGCGAAGCGGAUAUGCCACCGUACAAGUGCACGUUCACGGAACACCUUGGUUAUCUUGUGUUUUCCUCCACUAUAUCAUUUUACCUGCCGUUGCUAGUGAUGGUAUUCACGUACUGUCGGAUAUACCGAGCAGCCGCCAUUCAGACGCGCUCACUUAAGCUCGGCACUAAACAGGUGCUGAUGGCUUCUGGCGAACUGCAGCUCACCUUACGAAUACACCGUGGCGGUACCACGCGUGAACGCAUCCCACGACUGACUGAGCAACAGCAGCAAGAUCAAUUGCAACCGCCUGCCCAUCAGCCUCUAUCCAGUCAACAGCAAACACCACUCAACAACCAGCAUCAACAGCAUACCGCUAAUUCCACUCCGGAGGAUCCUGACGAUGAACCACUGUCAGCGUUACAGAAUAACGGACUCACUGGGCGGCAUCGGACGCAUAUGGGGAAAAAUUUCUCGCUAUCACGCAAACUGGCUAAAUUUGCCAAAGAAAAGAAGGCAGCCAAAACGUUGGGCAUUGUGAUGGGAGUGUUUAUUGUCUGCUGGUUGCCGUUUUUUGUAGUCAAUUUACUAUCCGGAUUCUGCAUGCAUUGUAUCGCGCACGAAGAAAUCGUGUCGGCCGUAGUGACCUGGUUGGGGUGGAUAAAUUCUAGCAUGAAUCCUGUUAUUUACGCCUGCUGGAGUCGUGAUUUUCGAAGAGCUUUCGUACGGAUCCUGUGCGUGUGCUGUCCGAGGAAGAUAAGACGCAAAUACCAACCGACGAUGCGCUCUAAGGCAUCACAGAGAUUUGCCUCGAGACGAUGCUACUCAACCUGCUCACUGCACGGGAUACAGCAAGUGCGGCAAAACUCAUGCGAACAGACGUACAUUUAGUUUUCACCAAACCGGCU